GUAGCAAAAGAUCACCUCAGCCCUGAGCUUUCGAUCUUAGAUAUCCAAUACCAUUAACUCAUUGAUCAUGAACACAGCCUUGAUCCGACUAUUAUAGGCCACAACCAAUACUCUUUCAACCUACACACACCUCCAUCGCGCAGAACACCACCAUCUCUCCCCCCCUCCUCAAAACACCACCAGAAAUCAUGGCCACCCGCCGCGCUCUGCGCACGCUCAACCACCUCGCGACCCGUCGCGCACACUCAACCAGCUCCGUCUCCGCAAAUGAGCUUUCGCAUUUCUCGGCCCUGGCCAGCAGCUGGUGGGAUCCGCAAGGCCCGUCGCGCGUGCUGCAUCUCAUGAACCCGCUCCGCCACGACUUCAUCGCCAGCUGUCUCUCCGACGCCCUUCCUCCUUCCUCCACCUCCACCACCCCGAACACCCUCCGCUACCUGGACAUCGGCUGCGGCGGCGGCAUCUUCGCCGAGUCGCUCGCCCGCAGCAUCAGCACCACCCCGACCUCCCAGACAGCGACGCCGACGCGCGCCGCCGCCAUCACAGCGAUCGACCCGUCGACGACGCUGAUCCAGAUCGCGCGCGACCACGCGCGGCUCGACCCGACGGUCGACGCGCACCUCCGCAGCGGGCGCUUCGAGUACAAGAACUGCACGCUGGAAGACCUCAUCGUCGCCGCGCCGCCGCAGCAGGCAUCCUCCACUUCCACCCCCACCUCCACCCCGCCGCAAAACUACGACAUCGUCACCCUCUUCGAAGUCAUCGAACACAUCGAAUCCACCCCGUCGGCGGGCAUCUCGCCGCAGUCGUUCCUGGCGGACUGCCUGCGGCUCGUGCGGCCCGGCGGCUGGCUCAUCGGCUCGACCAUCGCGCGCACGUUUCCCUCCUGGCUGGUCAACCAGGUCAUCGCCGAGGCGCCGUGGCCCAUCGGCGUCGUGCCGCGCGGCACCCACGAGUGGCAGAAGUUCGUCAACCCCGAGGAGUUGGAAGCGUGGGUGCAGGAGGGGCUGAUGCGCGCCGCGGAUGGCCGGGCCGUCCGGGCGGGCGCCGCCGCGCUGGAGGGCAUGCGCUGGAAGUGUGUCGGCGUGGUGUAUUUCCCUGGGUUCGGGUGGAAGCUCGUGCCGGGGUCGGAGAGUUGGGGUAAUUACUUCUGGGCGGUUCGGAAGGGGGUUUAGGUGAUAAGAGAGAGAGAGAGAGAGAGAGAGAAAUAGCUUUGCACAAAAGGCUGACUGCUUUUCUUACGUGGGUGGAAGAGAGGGAUUUGUAUGAUAGAUAGAUUUAUGUAUUUAUUUGUUAUGUACCUACCUAUGUAGGGAUAGACUACUGGGGGGGUU